AUGGUCAAUGGUUUGAAAAUUGGAGACAAUCAUCUGUUGGGUCAGAACAAUCUACAAAUGAAAGUUGCAGAAAUGCUAAAUGGAAAAAUCUGGAAGAUUCCUAGAGAACUGCAAUCUGCACUGAAUAUGGAAAGAAUACCAGACAUAGGUGAAGGCACUGAUACAAUGAAACCUUCAUGGGCAUCAGUUCUAUGGAAAUACUUUUUACAUCCUAAUAUUGCUUGCAAUGUUUGGAAACUUCUGCAAGGCAUAUAUACUGAUGAUGAAACAAUGAGGAAGCAAGGCUAUGAAAUGCCAUCCAGAUGUUGUGUCUGUAUUGAAGAGCAGGAUAGUAUGGAGCAUACUUUAUGGGAGUGCAAUUUCAGUGUGCAAAUUUGGGACUGGCUUUGUGCCAUUUUUAACUUUUCCAAACCAUUAUGUUUUAAUGAUAUCUGUAGAGCAGCUAGAAAUCACAGUCCCUUGAUGAAAGAGAUUUGGAUCACAGCUGUAUGUGCUACAGUGAGAGAUUUAUGGUUCCAAAGAAAUGCAAUAUUCUUUGGAGAAGGAAGGCCUGACAUAAACAGAUUUAAGUGCAAAAUCUAUCAAGUGGUGCAUGAAGGAGGAGGUAGAAUGAAGGGUAAUAGAUGGGGACAUAAUUAUGAUUCUCAGAUUAUAUCAUUUUCAAACUGGGUACCAGGAUUUGGAAUAAUUGCUAGAGAUAGUAAUUGUCAGGUAAUUGGUACACUAUCAGGUGGAGUUGGAAUAACAUCUAAUUUUAUUGCUGAGAUUUAUGCAGUUCUGUGUGCACUGGAAUGGGCAACUUUUCUACAACUUAAGAAAAUCAUUGUAAGAUCACACUCUAAAGCUGUAAUCAUUCUAGCUAACAAUAAUAGAGUGCCUUGGGAAAUUAACUUUUCAGCUGAUUCAUUAGCAAAGAAAGGUGCCACCUUGGCUGCAGGAGAAAGAAUUUGUCACUUUGGAAGGCCUCAAACCUUGAAGAGAAUUGAAAUGCCUGACACACCAUAUUACAGAUUUUGCUAG